UGGAGCCGUGACGUAAUGGCGUCGCGGGGUUAGGAAGGCGGGACGUCGGCCGGAUGGAAGCCUCUCGCCAUUGCGUAGCGGCAGGAAAAAGUAGUAACUGCCGCCAAGGGCGCUACUUGGCCCGCUAACAUGAGGAGAUCCCUGCCCCAACUGCUGCUGCUCGUGCUCCUGGCCUUCCCCGCCGCCUUGCUUCUCGGCGGCGCCCGCAGUAGCCCAGGCUCUAGCUUCCUGGUGGCUGCUCAAGAUGCCACAGAAGAUGAGGAAGCAAUAGAAGAUACAGUAGUUGAAGAUGAAGAUGAUGAAGCUGAAGUUGAAGAAGAUGAACCUACAGAAUUGACAGAAGAGAAAGAGGAAGAAGAUCUAUCGGGAGAACCCAAAGCAUCACCUAGUGCGGAUACAACUAUUUUGUUUGUGAAAGGAGAAGAUUUUCCAGCCAACAACAUUGUGAAGUUUUUAGUAGGCUUUACUAAUAAGGGUACAGAAGACUUCAUUGUAGAGUCUCUAGAUGCUUCAUUCCGGUACCCUCAAGAUUACCAGUUUUUCAUUCAGAAUUUCACCGCUCUUCCUCUGAACACAGUUGUUCCACCACAGAGACAGGCGACUUUUGAAUACUCAUUUAUACCUGCAGAGCCUAUGGGUGGUCGUCCAUUUGGACUGGUUAUCAAUCUGAAUUACAAAGACCAAAAUGGGAACUUCUUCCAGGAUGCUGUGUUCAAUCAAACUGUUACAAUUAUCGAAAAAGAAGAUGGAUUAGAUGGUGAAACGAUCUUUAUGUAUAUGUUCCUUGGCGGACUUGGCCUGCUAGUCAUUGUUGGUCUACACCAGCUGUUAGAAUCUAGGAAGAGAAAAAGACCAGCUCAAAAGGUAGAGAUGGGGACAUCCAGUCAGAAUGAUGUUGACAUGAGUUGGAUUCCUCAAGAAACUUUAAACCAAAUCAACAAAGCUUCACCAAGACGGUUGCCCCGCAAGAGGUCACAGAAGAGAUCAGUGGGAUCUGACGAGUAAAUGUUGUUAGUACUGUCAGCCUUUACUAACCCAGCCAUCCGACCCCUCCCUCUUGUUUUUGCUUGAAUUGGGAGUUGUGCUGAGAAGCCAUAUUGACUGAGGAGAAUGCUAUGAAACAUUUGGACUAAGCAUAUAGUUGUGUUCAGAGAACAUUGCUAAAAAUGCACUUCUUGUCCCUUUUAAAGAAACUUAAUUAAGAAUCAUUGUGCUAUCUGAAAUGUGCCUUUAGAGUCUCUUCAUAAUGCUGAUUUGUCAUCUGCACGCCUUUGUUUCUGACUUUUUGUCUGAAAUACAAAUACAUCGUUUCCUAUCCUGUUCUGAUUGUAUCCUGUCAUAUAAGGUCUUUAUGCAUUUUCCUAUCUAUUACUCAGAGUCAUUGAUUUCAUUCUUUGCUACAUGUAUGCAGCUACUUUUUAGUACGCAUGUUGAAUCUCUCAUAAAGCACUGAGUCGCAUUUUUGUGUAGCUAGUAUUCUAAAGGCACAAGCAGGUGUAACUGCUUUUAGCAGUAUUUUUUAUUACAUUGCUGCUGCUGUUUGACAUAGAGCGCACACUGAGUCUGAGAUCCCAAAUAUUCUUGCUUAUGUGUCAAAUAAGGGAUUUCUACAGCAGCCGCACGUGUGAAGUAUGGAUUGUGUGCUCACGUCAGCAUUGGUCAUCCCCUUUUCGAUUGCAAUAUAACUACAUCUGUAACUGUUAGUACUUUGACUUUUGUCAACAGAUCUGGUAAUCGUAGCCAGAUGAGUAACUCUUGAAUGCUAGUUCAAAUUGAUAUAAUUGGGCCUCAUCAAUAUAAUUGUAGGGACUCUCCCACCAAUCAUGGAUAGUAAAAUGCGUUGAAUUUCUUUGAUAAAGCUGGAUACAAGGUUUGACUUUCAUGAAGGUGUUUUUGGGCAACAAUUUACAAACUGUACAGCAGAAUUGUGCUCUUCUGUUCCCAUAUUUGAUUGUAUACAAAACAAGUUCUAAAAUUACAGUAAAAACAUAAAUUAAGUUUUA